AAGACAAUUUCUGCAACUCAGCUUGCAAAGUAUCUAUAUCUCCCUGUUGGCGAAUUGCCCUCUCAAUCGCAGGUGAAAAGAGUAGCUACAUAAGACACAUCGAGAUAGUUUCAAAAACAAGUCCACAGAUUCCAGUCAGAAACUAACAACGACCGACUCCCCAUCAAUCUGCCUUCAGACAUCAAACUGGAAGUCCUCUUCCAACCCAUCAAGAGCGUCCCCACCAAACUCGAUCAACGCGUCCUCCUCUGCUAUGGCUUUUGUCACCCCGCCAACCAUACCAGCCGGCGCAGCAGCGGAAGCAGCCUUCAUCCUGCCCAACCCGCCUUCUGUCCUGCUUCUUGAUGCCUCGCCUGCAGCCUUUGUAGCCGGUACCAAGCGACCAGUGACGCUCUUGCUUUGCGUGGCUGUUCCUGUGGACCUUGUCGACCUCGCUGGUACGUUACCGACCGCAGCCCUACCAGAAGGUGUCGCAACGGCUGGCCUUCUAGCCGCUACUGUACUCGACUUUGUCGCACUCGAAGGAAUCACUCGAGCAGCGGGCACCGCAGGCUUCCUCGCACCAGUCACGCUGCGUGCUGCCGACGCCGCAGUAGAGCGCGUGAGCCGGCUGGUCGUGCUCGUGGCAGUGCGAGUGGACGUCGUAGGCGCUGGCUUGGCAGCGCCGGCGCCGGCGCCGAUGGCGGAUCUGCUUGUGCUAGUGGAAGUGGCGGAUGCGGAACGCGUCGGGAUGGUGGUCGUCUUGGUCGUUCGCGAGGGCGCGCGGGUGGGUGGACCGCUGGUCGCUGAUGGCGCGGAGGAGAUGGCGGAGGGUGGGCGCGUGGGUGGCUGGGGUGUAGAUGUGGGUGGCUGGGGUGUAGGUGUGGUCGUGGCAUUGGACUCUGCUACGCUUGAUGGAGAGAAGAAGAUAUCAUCCUCGUCAUCUGUACAUAAUAGUUUAUCGAUAUGAGAUGUGACUCAUGAGUAGACCACUGACGUACCGAGCUCAG